AUGGGAUUUCGCGACUCGGAGCAUCCCGAUUAUGUGUGUUUGCUGCACAACUCUUUGUACGGGCAUAAGAAAGCCCCUAGGGCAUGGUACAAGAGGUUUGCUGAUUUUGUUUCUGCUAUUGGUUUUUCUAACAGUACCUCCGAUCAUUCUUUGUUUAUUUAUCGACGGGAGUCUAAUAUGGCCUACUUACUAUUAUAUGUUAAUGAUAUUAUCUUAACUGCUUCUUCUGAUGCUCUCCGCCAGUCUAUUAUGACACGUCUUAGCUAUGAGUUUUCUAUGAAGGAUUUGGGGUCUUUGAAAUAUUUUCUUGGCGUUAGUGUGACUCGCCACGAGGGUGGUUUACUUUUGUCACAAUGUAAGUAUGCUCAGGAGAUUAUUGAUCAUGCUGGAAUGAUUUCAUGUAAACCGAGUCCCACUCCGGUUGACACAAACUCGAAAGUUACUGCCACCACAAGAGUUCCAUAUGCUGAUCCGACCAAGUAUUGCAGUCUUGCAGGUGCCCUGAAAUAUCUCACAUUUACUCGGCCGGAUAUCUCUUAUGCAGUUCAACAAAUUUGCUUACACAUGCAUGACCCUCAUGAUGAACAUAUGAGUGCUUUAAAACGUAUCAUACACUACAUUCAAGGUACUCUUUAUCUUGGUCAAAAUCUUUCUCCUUCGCCAGUUACAGACCUGGUUUCAUAUACUGAUGCUGACUGGGGUGGUUGUUCUAAUACUCGACGGUCCACAUCCGGCUACUGUGUCUUUUUGGGUGACAAUUUGAUUACAUGGUCGUCUAAACGAGAACCUUUUCUCGUUUCAGUGCCGAGGCCGAGUACAAGGGGGUUGUUAAUGUUGUUUCGGAGUCCUGCUAGCUACGUAAUCUUCUACUUGAACUAUAUUGUCCCAUUCAUAAAGCUACAAUGGUCUAUUAUGACAAUGUGA